AUGACUGCAGUUCCUGACGUCCAGAUUCCUAGAAAUCUGGAUGAUUUAGAGGAUUACUCUAAAUUAAAAAAGAUGAAACCACAUGUGCCUGGAAUUGUGAUAUUUGCGGACCACAACAGACAGCUACCUUGGUCAGUUACCUACCAUGCAGUUGUGAUGUUUGCUGAUAUUUCAGGUUUUACUGCUCUUUGUGAAACAUACAGCCACAUUGGACAGUCUGGCGUAGAUCAGCUCACAAGAACGUUAAAUGAUUACUUGAGCGCACUAGUGGAAGGUAUCCUUGGAUCAGAUGGGGACAUUCUUAAGUUUGCUGGAGAUGCAAUUCUUGCCAUUUGGAGAGUUGGAAGAAAGUUUGAACUACAAAAUGAAUUUUUGAAGGUGGCUAAAUGUUGUAGGGAUAUUCAAGAGAAGUGUGGUGAAUGGGAAACAGAUAUUGGAGUGAAACUUUCUGUGAAAAUAGGUUUGGCAGCAGGUGAAAUGUCUAUAACAUUUCUUGGAAACAAAGAGUAUCGCCACUAUGUUGAAUUAGGACCUGCAGUUUCAGCAGUGAAUGAUGCUGAAAAGUUCUGUAAGUCUGGCAUGAUUGUCAUUUCACCGGAUACAUGGGACUACUGUGAUCCAAACUUUUUUGAGCUAGAAACUCUUGAGGAUGGUAAACACAUGCAACUUCUGUUGAUUAUUCCAAGCAAAGCAACAAGAAGUCACAGUCUCCCAACACACAUGCUCUUUCCAAACACUGGUGAAAACAUUUCCAACGAAAGGCCAGUAUCCCCACUACUUGCUCACUUAUCGAAAGGUGUUGAGAGAGCACAAAUGUUAUCAAUAGAUGAGUCUGAUGCUUCAGUACGUGUGUCAUCAGCAGUAGCCACAGGAUCCUCUUUGAAAAGCUGUGUUGAGGACAAAUUUAAGAUAGGAAACCGAUUUGGAAAACUGAAAAAGGUAGUAACUGCUGUUACGGAGAUGAAACUGGACAUAGCUCUUCGUCUUUACAUAUUGUCUCCUGUCUUAAAAAAGCUGGAUGAUAGCCAGCCUUUGGAAUACCUGUCAGAGAUGAGACAAGUAUCAGUUGUUUUUAUGAACCUUGUAUUGGACGAAAACAGAGAGGAUUCUGCCCAGAUCCUUCAGAUCAUCUUUGAAAUUGUCUAUUCAAAGACUAAAUCGAUGCAUGGUUCUCUUAACAAAGUAUUUCUGUUUGACAAGGGUUGCACAUUUUUGUUGGUGUUUGGAUUACCUGGCUAUAAACAUGAAAACGACUGUGCUCAUGCUUUAAUGUGCUCUGGAAGAAUGAAAAGUCAGCUUGACAAAAUCAGUGGUGUUGAACUUGUGUCCAUCGGUGUUACAACAGGAACCAGUUUUUGUGGCGUCGUUGGGCAUCCAAAGCGUCAUGAAUACUCGGUAAUUGGCAGAAAAGUGAACAUGGCCGCGAGACUGAUGAUGCACUACCCUGGAAAGAUUACAUGCGAUGCUGACACUUUUCACAAAUGUAGAUUACCCGAGUCUUACUUCCUAGUAUUGGCUACCAAAGCGAUGAAGGGAUUGCGAAAUGUUGGUGUUAUUCGUCAGUUUGUCGGGUUUUCUAAGGACGAGAAAACGGUCGCAAAGAGUAUCGGACAUUCUGAUUUGCCUUUUCUCGGACGAGAAGUGGAACAAAGCAUGUUUUGUGACCAAUUAAAUGCCAUGAAGGAAAACCAAAAACACGUGCAUUUGACAUUCAGUGGUCCAUCAGGGAUUGGGAAGUCAAGACUCCUUGACCAACUACUCUGUAUUGCAGAACAAACAAAAUUAAGGAUUAUAUCAUGCCAAAUCGAAUUAGAAGAUAGUAGUUGUCCUUUCUUCUUGGCUAACCACAUUAUGAAAUCAUUGCUGUCCCACGUCGACAUUUCCGAAGACGUCCAAAAAGAUCCUUUUCUACUGAACACAAUAGGCGUUGAACAGGCUGACUACAUAUAUUUACUGAUGGAUCUGUUUGGAGUUAAGCUUGAGGCACCUGAUUCCUUGAUAGGUGUUGCUUAUAAUGAAACAUUGAAGAAACAGGAGAUGCAAAGAAAGAUUGCUGAAGAGUGUAUGUUGCAUGGGUAUGGAACAGUUGUCCUAAUUGAUGAUGCCCACAACAUUGAUACGUCCUCUUGGCGAUUCCUGUGCGAUUUGCAAUCAAUGAAACAAUGUCUGAUUAUACUUGGGAUCCGACCAAGUAUUAUAGACGCGCCUUCCUGCAGAGAAGUCAUAGAAUUCAUCGAAGCUCAUUCCGUGAUGCUAUUUGAUCUUGGUAGUCUUGACAAAACGUAUAUGACCCAGUUAACUUGUCAAGUCCUGGAUGUCGUUAGAAUUCCAAACGAUUUGGACAGACUGAUUAGAGAGCGAGCACUUGGAGUCCCAUUGUGGUGCAUGGAGCUGUUGAGAGACAUGAUGGAAAAGAAACAACUGUUUGUUGUACAAAGAACUAGAUCACAAACUUCGUUACCUGAAAUCAUAAAGGAUGUAACAUUCACAAAAGAAAAUACCCUUAAACCUCAUGCUUGCAGACAUACAGAAGAGUUUGGUAACGACAAUCGGGCGAUAUCAAAUACGUCAGAUCCCUAUCGAUUGCUAGAGCCUGAGGGACAGCAAGGAAGUCGGUCAUAUGGGGAUUACAAAGUUGCAAUUUUAGCUGAUGGAGUUAAUGCAGAUGACUUGCCAGUACCUCCGGCAAUGAAAGAGAUGAUAAUAGCAAGAAUCGAUUCAAUGAGAGCAUCAGAUCAGCUUUUGGUUAAGUGUGCUUCUGUUCUUGGCCAAAACGUUAGACGUGAUGUCCUUGAAAUGCUUCUUCCAAAAGCACAUCGACCGAAGCUAGCUAUUGGUAUUAAAAGGCUAAUGGAAAGUGGUGUUUUCGAAUGCUCGAACACGGUUCAUGCCGUAGAUGAAAUGAAUGAUCAAUAUACGAGCUCUAAGUACCGAUGCUUUUGCCAGAAUGAAGAUGCGUUAAUUCAAUUCAGUGACUUAAAGGUUUGUUUUCGACCGAGAUUUAGCAACAAACUGCUGCAGGAAAUUGCUUAUGAGACACUCAUUGAAUCUCAAAGAGCAGAACUCCACAAUAGGGCCGCUGUGUUUUUAGAGUUGUUGGCAGAUGAUUGUAGAAGAAAACUGCCGUACCAUUGGUUGUGUGCGUCGCCACAGAGAGAUGACUUGGAGAAUCGGUUGAAGCGAAUAGACCAUAAACUGCAAGACACUGACGCGGUGAUCACUAUGCGUGUGCGCAACACUGAAUCAGCGGACUAUAUUGGAGAAGACAAAACCUGGGCUCUCAGUAGACGACGAGGACGACGCUUAGCUAUAAGCUUUUUGCCAGGGAAUAUUACUAGACUUGUAAAAGCUAUUUGCGAAGGUAGUGCUAGUGUGGAUGAUUUGAUGAAAGUGAUUGAUGAGCUUCUGCCACUCCAGGACAACUUGAUUUAUCACUGGGACCUUGCGAAAAAAAAGGAAAACGUUCUGUCGACCUACGUUGAAACAAUAUCUCUCUGCCUCGCAAGUGGAAAAUUGGAAAAGGCGAACUCAUUGAUUCUUUCUGCGCUCUAUGUUUAUGAUCAUUCUGAAAACCAGCAAGAACAAUUCGAAUGGAAAGUAGCGGAACUGUACAGAUUGCAGGGAAUGUUGUAUCUUAAGAAUGACCAAUACGAUUUAUGUCGACAAUCGCUGACAAAAGCAGCGUCCUUGCUCAAGUUCCACGGGCAGACCAGUCCUUCCAACUCUUCCUUGAAGAUGAUGAAGAUUUGGUUCAAGUUUUACUUGUCUUCUAAACGUUCAUGCAGUUCUCUGCCGGAUCAGUUGCCACUAGAACACGGAUAUAUUCUAUCUGAUUUGUAUCAGCUGGACAAAGAAUGUGGCUUUGCAACCUCAAAGUUUGCUCAUGCUUUAACUUUGUUUUUGAAUGCCAAAGACUACAGCGUGUGCAUUCAUCAGGUUGUCGUAGCGUACACGGCCGUUAUAGAAUGCUGUUUAGAACAAGGCAAGAGAGGCCGUGCUGAACAGCUGUUUUCGGAACUACUUCAAUUGUGUGCCGACAAUCAUGAAGAUUUAAAUGUGGACGACAGGUUGAUGAUUGCCCAGAUAUGUACCAGGCGAUGCAAGAUGUAUCUCUUUGAAGGGGAACUUUGCAAAGCUAGCGUUGCUGGUGAGGCUGCAAAGCUAUGUGGAAAUGCUGUUUCUGACAAACGGACGAUAUGUGAAUUGGUGCCAUUUUUUUGCUUUACAGCUUUGUUUCGAAAUGAGAUACGUGCGACGUCCAACAUCCUAAAGCAGUUGAAUCAAAUGCAGAUGACUGACUGCACAACGGAAUCGCCGUUGUAUUGGAUAUUCUGUCUGGAAACAGCGUUGUGUGGUGGAAGUCCUCCGGCUGAUGUUGACCGAUGUUUAGAGACAUUGCGUGUUGCAGUGAUGAGAGACCCGUCGGCUGAACUUACACUAUUUGGCAUCAACGUUGUAUCUUUGUGGUUUGCUCGACUUGGAAGAUGGUCCGAGGCAGAUGUUUGGAGCAGCUAUGACAGAAGUAAUAGGGGUGGUGACUUGAUGUUUUUGCAUGCCUUUGCAGAAGCCAAACGACUGGAAUGUCAGCUUCUGAUGUAUUGUCAUUCACUUGCCUGCCAGGACGUCGGAAACUUGCAUUUGCUAGGAUUUUUGAAAAGGGGAAUGCAAAGGCUGAAGAGUCAGCUUGGCAAAUUUCCCGUUCUUAUUCCGAGAUGGAACUUCCUGUCUGCUUAUCUGUGUGGAAUACUGAAGCAACAUACGAAAAUGAGAAAAUUUGUCGGAAAAGCUUUGGGAGCAUGUUCCAAACAAGGACAUACAUAUGAGAAAGAAUGGAUUCAAUAUAACACAAGUCAGUGGCAAAAACAGGAAGAGAGUGCAGAAAUCAACAAAGUAUGGAUUCAAAAACAAUUGGGAAAUUCAGCAUCUUGCAUAAAUAACAGUCCGUUAUACUGUCUCCCGCUUCCAAAGUAAUUUACUUCGUGCUUCAAAAAAUGACGAUCUGCAUCCGUAACAUUGAAAAUGUGUGUGCUGUGCGCAUUUCCAUGCGUUAAACUAUGAACUCGUUGAUGUGUUUGUUAUUUAUGGUGUGCUUUUCUAUGCAUCUUUUAUCUCCGUUUCAUAAAUGCAUAAGAUAAUAUUCUGUUGCAUGAAGUUUGUUAAGGCUAGUCUCGUCGCUGGGCAUUGUACUAACCUUAUACAGAAGGUUUUAUAUUAGUGUUAAUAUUAAGGAGCUGCAGAUGACAUGUGCAGAUAACUCUUGGUUGCAAAAAUAUCUAAAACAUUUAUAAUUGCCGCUUCCUUCGUCUUCACACACUACGUGCUCAUUUUAUAUCGAGUGAUGCGAAACUGACACAUUCUAAAAGAUGUAUGCAUGUUUUUUUUUAUUAUGAUUAUUUUAAUG